AGUGGUUAAAAAGUAUAAAAAUUUCUGAUCAAAGAUAAGUAAAAUGCAUAAUAAACAAAAUUUCUUCUAUGGUUACCGAUAACUUAGGUGUCGCAUGGGGUGCCUGUUCAAAACUCUGAAACUGGGUUAUUAAAUUGUUACUUGAGCGAUCUAAAGCUUUCCGUGUCCUUGUUCAGGUGAAAAUAUCUCAACACUAUUUGACAUCCAUGGAUCCAGAAUGACAGAAAUGUCCCCGGCUGCAGUGAGAGGUGAUCGGUGUGAAUCGACUCAUUCGGCCCAGUUGAGUUGAGGACGAGCGCCGCCUGUUUUUAAAAGAAACAUCAUGAACGAAGUGGGUUAUCUCCAUCAGAACAAGACCGAAGGUUUUAUUUUAGAGAGGAAAUUGGAGAUGAAAUAUCUCGGUGUCCAUCAGCAGGAGGAUGUUGUUCUAAACCAAACAGCUGAGACACCUGCAGACGUCCAGCAGAUGUUGGUGAUUAAAACAGAGGUCCCCUGGAGCUGCAGUCUGGACCAGCAGGAUCCAGAACUCCUGCACAUAAAGGAGGAAGAGGAGGAGCUGUGGAGCAGASAGGAUGAAGAGCAGCUUCRUGGSCGAMAUGAGACUGAAUGCUCCGGGAUUCUGUUCAGCCCUGUGAAGAGUGAAGAAGAUGAAGACAAACYUCAGUUAUUACAGCUUCAUCAGRUCAAAACYGAAGACAGCAGAGAGACAGAACCUCCAACCUGCAGCUCAGCUGAACAGAUAAAAACAGCAACUGAUGAAGAGGACUGUGGAGGACCAGAACCAGACAGAAACCAGGAUCCUAAUGUUUAUUUACAAUCGAAUACUGAUGGAAAGGUUUCAGACUCCUCAGAGACUGAUGAUGAUGAUGAUUAUAGUUUGGACCAUUUUGCAGACUCUGAACCUGAAAGCACAUUGAAGCUGAGCGGAGCUCCUGAGUCUGAGAAUGAUAAAAAAAUUAAAACAAUCGCACAACAGAAGAGAGCUGAAGGGCCUCAAACUGCAGAGAAAACAUGCAAAGGAUGUAAAAAUCUGGCGCACAUCGGGAGCUACAAAGGAGAGAAACCAAUAGAUUGUGGAGUUUGUCGCCAAAAGUUUAGACUCAACUAUCUGCUGAACAAUGAUUUAAGAAUCCACACAGGGGAAAAACCAUUUGCAUGUGGAGUUUGUGGUAAAACAUUUAAACUCAAGUGGUUGCUGAAGAGUCAUUACAGAAUCCACAUWGAAGAUAAACCGUUUGAUUGUGGAAUUUGCGGUAAAACAUUUAGACACUCGUCUGGGAUGAAAUGUCACAUGAGAACUCACGCAGGAGAGAAACCUUUUAAAUGUAGCGUUUGUAAUAGAAAAUUUUCACACAAGUCAGGGCUGAAGAGUCACAUGAGAGGUCAUAGAGUAAGAAAAACAUUUGCAUGUGAAUAUUGUGAUGAAAAACUCCACCAUGAAGCUGAUUUCAAUGAUCACAUGGUGGACCACAAACAAAAAAUGCCUUUUUCUUGCAAUGAUUGUGGGAAACUGUUUAGACUAGAGUUUAAUUUCAAAAGACAUUUGAUGGGUCACAGAGGAGAAAAGGCUUUUGAUUGGGAUUUUUUUGGAGAAAACAUUUAGUCACGUUCUGCAUCUUCAGCUCCACGGAAGAGACAAACUUUAAGUUUGGAGUUUGUGCUCAAACAUUUACUUCAGUAUUUCAUGCAACCCGUCUUCACUGUUUCUUUUGUUCACUUUUAAAUAUAAAUAAAUAUUAUUUGGAUGGAUCACGCUGCUGCUGGGUGAUCCUCAGAGAGGAGAGAAAUGCUAAUUUUACCUUCUGUCACUGCAUGUAAUCUAACUAAAAACAAACCAAUAAAAUGUAACUGAGCGUC